AGAUAUUAUGUUGUUAAAGAACUAAGCUUGGAUGGUCAGUCUGCAGUCAUCCAAUUUAAUAAGGUUCUGAAUGUCACACAGGAACACAAGCUUAGCUAUCAAGCAAGAUCUUAAACGAUUAAUGCUAAACCAAUGAGCACAAUCUAUUUGGCUCUGAAUGUCACACAGGGAAACAACUCACAAGCGUAGCUAUCAAACAAGCUCCUAAGCGAUGAAUGCCAAUCCAAUGGGUACGAUCUCGUCGGCUCUCAACGUGACUCAAUUUAUAUAGGUUUGGAGAACUAAGGAUACUUUUCUCUCACCAGAGUUGAGAGCGGUUUCUCGUUCAGAACUCCGAGAAGUUCAGUCUCCGCACAGCAGGCCUACAAUCCGGUCAGAGACUUAACUUUCACCGCUUUACACAAUCGGAGAAAACAUUUGAUAAGGUUUCUAAGCGAUGAACAAUUCGAGUUCGCCUCCUCUAGAAUGUCCUAUACCAGGACCUCAGGACGACGCUCUGUUGAUGAACCUCAGUCUUAUUAUGGAGGGGAUCAUUCAACUGGUCAUCUGUGUACUAGGUAUGAUUGGAAACAUGUUCUCUAUAUUUCUUCUGAGCAGGAAGGAACUUAAGAACUCCUUCAACCAGUUGCUUGCCUCCCUGUCCACCUUCGACUUUAUCUACUUGUUCACCAUGGCGCUCGAGGCUCUCAGAAUCCUCAGAUCUACAAUUGAAGGAACUGAAAACACGUCACAAAUUCUAAUUUUAAUAACCAAAUCUUUGCAACCUGAUACCGAUAGGGAGAUGCCAACCAAAACAGUGCAGGGCGGAAUUAUUUUUUUUCGAGAAAACUGUCCUUUUAACAGGAUUGAAUCCUAACUUCUAUUUACUUUUGUAUGUAAUAGUUAAUAUAAUAUUAAAAAUAGAACAAAUAAUCAGA